AUGGCCGGCCAAUCCUCACACUCAUCUUCCCUACCAUCAUCGCCUUCCACAACCCUUCUCACCGCACGGGAGGCGGCAUUCCUCGCAGCUAGCCGCCACCUCGCCACCCAGCCCAAGCCUGUCCAAAGAAUCGUCAGAAAACCUCAGCAAAAACCCUCUAUAGCCAAACCACUCACAAUCCAAGAGAAGCCGAGCACGAAGAGUGCCCUUACUACCAGACCUAAGGUGGCGCUCCCAGUACCGUCAUCAAAAAGUGAGAAUAAAAGAAGAGAUGACAAAGAGGUAUUUGGGAGCAUUUUAAGCAACAUGGAGAGAGAAAGGGGGCUACCUGAAGCUGGUGUUGUAAAUCAGCCCUUGCCUUCGGAGAAGAAGAUGGCAGAAGCUUCGCAGAGAAGGGCCCUGGCCGUUGCGGAUCCUAGGGAGACUGUUCCAACAGACUCCAAUGAGGGACCCAUCAGGGUCAUUUUGGAGGAGGUAGGAGCGAAGAAGAAGCCGGAGACGGCAGAUGGGAAGAAGAAUAAAAAAAGCAAAGAAAAAUGGGUAGAUGAAGAUGAAGCUGCCCAUUCAAAUAAGGAGAAGAAAGAGAAGAAAACUAGUAAGAAGAGACAGUGCAAACGAGAAGAGAAAUGUCUGAAGAAGGAAGAUAAGAGGAAGAGAGCGAAAAGCCCAGAUUUCGAUGGAGAAUCCACCACUGCAAGGGUGGAAGAGGGGGUGUCACCGCAAGACCAAGCAUCAAUGCAACCUCAAGUAUCAUCAACGCAUAUCAGAAUGGUUGCGACUGAAGAUAAAGAAGAUCCAGACAUUACCCCUCUGAUGCAGCAUCGCAAGAAGAAUGCGCUGUAA